GGUCUCAAACCCAAGUUCAUUUAGCACGACGCUCUAACCACCGGUCGGAAGCAAGAAAAUUUAUUUAUCAGCGCAGGAGAACGCAAAGAGAAAAGAAGACAGAUUCAUCGAGUUGUCGCGAUGAAAGAAGAUUACGAGAUUGAAGAGAAAAAGCAGGCCGCUGCUGAUGUACUGUUUCAGCAUUCCAAAUUUGUGAUGGCAUGUAUUGGGAAUCAAGUUAGACCUUGUGAUAUGAGGUUGCAUUUGAUGAGGGAGAUUUCAGGGAUGCCAACCUCUCUGAAGAGAGAGUCGCCUCAGACGGUCGCUUCUCCUGAUGCAAUGGGCGAGUCAUCAAGUUCAGGCACUGCUAGACUUGAUAAAGCAGACAGUUUUCAGGCACUGUAGUUUCAAUCAAAUUGCUAUGCUGCCACGUUAACAUUAAGACAACAGCCAUCACAUCCUUGCUUAGCUUUCCAUUGUGGAACUUUGCAUGUACAGUGUUAUGUUUCUUUUAAGCAUAUGGGUGAUGGGAUUCUGUAAUAAUUUGCUUUCUGUUUUAAGCUUAGUAAUACAAGGUUGAAUGAGUCAUGACUUUAUAUC